AAUGAUGGCAACGCUUCGAACAAAGUUUUCUCUACGUCCAAAAUCAAAUCACAUUUAUAUUCAAAAUGGAGCAGUCCAUCCAUUGCACCACAAGUUACGUUGCAUCAGCAUAGAGUAGUAGAAUCUUUAGACAGAGACAUUCGGUCCGGUCACACUGCCUCCUCUCUGUCUGUUUCCGAUCACCAAAAUUCUCUCUCUAUAUCUCUCUUCUUCAUAUUUCUAGGGUUCAUCGAUUUAUAUUGUACGUUGCUUUCUCUCUCUCUCUAUAUCCUUUGCUGUUGUCGAUCUCUAAGAGGGAGAGAGAGAGAGAGAAGUAACACCAUUGCUAUAAUAACGACACAUUUACGCUACCUAUAUUCAAUUCCAAGAUUCCUCUUUUCCUCAUUUAAUUUCACUAUAUUCCCUCCACAAUUCCCAAUAUAAAAGAACAGCAUCUAUUUCUCUCUAUCAUUUUCUCUUCUCGUUGUUGCCGUCGCGCUCCCCAUUUGAACCUCCGGAAGUGGUAUUUGCUACUUUUGAUUGAAUUUUAAGAUAACAGACUAGCCAUGUAUUCCGAGCUGGUGGAAAUUGCACCAAGGGAACUCAAGUUCAUAUUUGAACCAAAGAAGCAAAGCUCUUGCACUAUUCGGCUGAUUAAUAAGUCCCAAAAUCAUGUUGCUUUUAAGGUCAAGACCACUAGUCCAAAGAAAUACUGUGUUCGACCAAAUACAGGAAUUAUUAAGCCCAGAGAAUCCUGUGAUUUUACAGUGACCAUGCAGGCACAAAAGGCGCCUCCUCCUGAUAUGGCAUGCAAGGAUAAGUUCUUAGUUCAAUGCACAGUCGUGGCAGAGGAGACUGCUGAGGAGGAUAUUACAUCAGCCGUGUUUUCGAAAGAUGAUGGCAAAUAUGUUCAAGAAAAUAAGAUGAGAGUGAUCCUUGUCAGUCCACCUGGUUCGCCUGUUCUAUCACCAAUCAAUGUUGCGUACAGUGAUCUUCCAAGUUACAAAGAUUCACCACGAAAAGAUCAAGUACAUAGUAGUGAAUAUAGCAGUUCACAGCAAGAAGGAGAUGUCAAUGGAGUACAUAGCAAGGGAGAUGUCAAUGGAGUACAUAGCAAGGGAGAUGUCAAUGGAGUACAUAGACACAGUGGAAGUUACGAAGAAUCGUUGACUGGAGAUCAAGUAAACCCCCUUAAUCAAAAUCCACAGAAAGAACUGGAUGAAAGUAUGAAGGAGUUUAGAAAGGAAAACACCAACAUGCAAAUGGAAGGAAAGCAUGUGCAAUUGGAGACGAGGAAGCAUGAUGAAGAGAUGGAAUUAGUCAAGGAUGUUGCAAGCAUGAAGUCUAAAAUAAGUGAACUUGAACGAAAACUAAGUGAGGCCAAAGACACCAUCUCAAAGCUAACGGAGGAUAGGAAAUUUACUGCUCAAGAAAGAGAUGGCUUACAAAGAGAAUUGGUCAUGUUGACAAGUAAGAAAGGCGGCAGAAAAGUCCGGGCUGGAUUUCCUCUCUUGUACGUGGUUACUGUAGCCUUUAUUAGUAUGGUGUUCGGUUACCUUUUGCAUUACUGAUCGAAGCAUUUAGUACGCUUCUAUGACUGAAAGGUUGUUAUGUCUAUAUCGUGAUAGACAGUUUUUCCUUCAUAAUGCCUGAGGACCAGAUAUGUUGUUGGAUCGACUAAUAGAGUAUAUCAAGUGUUGUAAAUGCUGUUUUUAGAUGGAAUAAAGUGUAAUAGUCUCCAUCUACCACUUCAGCCUGCAAUUCCCAUCAGGGAGAAGAGUUGGAGUGGUCUUUUGCUGGAA